CAAAGUAUGUUUAUCAAAUUUAUACUUAUGAUAAAAUAACUCUAUCUUGGUUGGGCAACCAGGAUAGGAAAAUGAAAUUUUAAAAAUACCUCCAGUGAAAAUCUAAUUUGUAUUAAGUGUUAUGUGAACAUAAAUGAGUGUAAAUGAUCAGAUGCUAAAGUUUCGAACAAAUCCGUUACAUGGCCAAAAUCUGAUUAUCCACCUUUAAAAAUCACAAGUCAGAAAGAAACGCAGCUCAGACAUGAUGCAUGUAUGCAGGGACGAAAGCAAGACUUACAGUGAAUCAGCUACUGCAUUCAGUAAUCCCUUAUUGAUAAUGAAAUGAAAGUAAUGGACUAGACACUGAAACUUACGGUACAAAAGAAUCCUUCAUUAUAUACAAUGAAUAAGAUUUUCUUUUUCAACACAAUAUUUCAUAGUGUCACCCGCUAGGAGUUUACUGAUUGAUCAGUUGGUGCGUAUGCUUUUGGUACUAACCAAGUUAGAAAUAUCAUAAACAUGGCUGUAGAUAAAAAAGGUAGUGUUGGAAAUUAAAUCUUUCUUUUCAUGUUAAAAGAUCAUUAGCCAUAAGUUUCUCUUUAGGUACUGCAUACUUGCAGAGUUUUUUGGCGGAAUUUCCUUCCACCUGGCUAUUUCAAGACAAUGACCUUUGUUUUCUGAUAUAAUUUUCAUAAACUGUUUCAAUCAGUUUUUGCUCCAUAACUUUUAUGUGCAUUGCUGGCUUAUCUUAACAGUGCACACAAAUGUUCCACAUGAUGAGACAAUGUGUCGUGUACAUGAUCUAUGCUUGUAGGUCAAGGUCACUAUUGAAAUUUAAGUAAAAAUUGUUUUUGUUUCGUAGCGCCUAAAUGCCUUGAAGCAUUUUUAGUGUUAAAACUAUUGCCAACAACCACAAGGAACGAACGCUAACAAAUGAUUAUACUGGUAGGGGACUUCUGUAUUGCCGCUGUUAAACUAUGUAACAUAGAGCAGAACUUUAUAAGUUGCUUAGAGUAUUUCACAUGGAAUUUCAGGGUUCCUAGUUAGACUCGAGAAGUUACACCUUUCAAAUAAAGAGUACAUUUGUGUCCAGUCUUUAAUAUUUACAUUUGCCAUAUUCUUUUCCAUUGAAAAUUAUUACAUUCAUUUUGUAUGAAUAACAUGAGGAAAGGUGCCAAAGUUAUGACAAUGCAGCUUAGUGAUUAUGGGCCGCUGUUUUGAUGACAUGCACUUGUAGUUAAGGAGAACAUUCCUUAGAUGAUGUUGCAGUUGUUCCAUCUGGUGAACAGAAUGGCCUGGAAGCAGACUUUAAUGUUAAAUGUAACAAACGAUGCGCAAUCUGUAAUAUAACCUUGUUUAUAAAUGGAAAGGAAAUAUAACAUGUAAGCAAUGGAUUGUUACUUAUUGACACUGUAUGUGUCAUUAGAACAAGAGUUGGCAAUCAGGGAGUUGUUUGUCUACAAUGGAUGGAACUUCAAUAAAUAUCAAGAUUCCACCUAUGAGAGCUACACAUCAAAACAAGACUUAAAUACCUGCUUGCCAAGAAAAAACUUACAAGAUCCAGGUGACACAUCACAAACAAAACUUCUGAUUGGAGAAAAUCCUUCCAUAAAAAAUGUUGACCUAGAAACAGAUGCACAAACGGAAAUAUUCUCUGAUCUGCAACAUUUUGUUGAGGCGACUCUGAUUGCUGUCACUACAGAGAGCGACAAAACUGAUUGUCCGAAUAGUGAAAACGAGUUGAGUGAUGAAACCAGUCCGGGAAUUUCAGAUGUGAAACAGUCAAGCACCUCUGAUUAUGUGACUGGUACCAACAGUGAAGCCAUAGGCAACUGCAAUGACAAUUUUGGUACCAGACACAAUAUUUGUGUUCACAGAUCAGGCACUGGCACCAGUGACGAUUCAGCUUAUAAAAAUGAUACAGUGAAUGGGUUACAGGAAUCUAAUUUGGGAACCAGCAGCAAUAUAUUUGAUGGUGAUAAACCUUAUUGUGGAACCAGUAAUGAAUUUACAGUGGUGAAUGGGUCCAUUAGUGGUAUCAGUAAUAUUAAAGGUAAUAUUGAAUCUGACCAGGGAACCAGUAAUUCUUUUGCUAAUGGAAACCAGCCAUUUUGCGAAAACAGUAAUUUAAUUAAAACAAAUGUAACCACAGAUGCAGAUAUUAAGUCUGACAUAGAAGAAACUGUGCAUAAUAAUUUUAAUCCAGAAGAAAUCCAGGAAUCCUCUUCUCCAGGUGACACAUCAACAAAGUUAUUUAAAGCUGACGAGAACAAAAACAAAAAUGCUGAAAAGAGGGUGUUGAGGAGGAACACUGGUAAGAAAAGAAAUGAACCUAAAGGAAAAAUAAAAUUAAAGGAGAAAAAAAUAGAGAACAGAAAAUAUGAGGUUUUAUUAGAAACAACUGUUAAAUCAGGGAAGAAAAGUAAAGUUGGAUUAUUUCAUUGUAAGGAAUGCGAUUACACGUUUAGAUUUCUUGGAGCGUACAAGAAUCAUAAGAAAGAUGGUAAAUGUUUGUUUGAAUGUGAAUAUUGUGGGAAAACAUUUACGUCUAGAUACUAUUCCAAUUAUCAGUCACAUCUUAAAUAUCACGUGAAAGAUAGGCCACACAAGUGCAAUGUAUGUGGAAAAUCAUACAUAGAAGCUCAGACAUUGAAGAUUCAUAUGAGAAAGCAUUCUGGGGACCGGCCCUAUAUCUGUCAUCAUUGUGGACGUCAGUUUUACUCCUCCUCAAAUCUGUUGAGUCACAGAAACAGCGCUCAUAGCGAUACUCGAGAAAUCCACAAGUGUGAUAUAUGUGAUGCUAGACUAAGCACUCUGGGUAAUUUACGGGUACACAAGAAAGUUGUUCAUGCCGUCGAGCGACCAUUCACUUGUGAAAUAUGCGGAAAAUCUUUUAAAACGCAGAAAUCACUAGAACAAGUUCACGCAAAAGUACAUUCAGAGGAUUUUCCAUAUAAAUGCGACUUUAUUGAAUGUGGUAAAAUGUUCAAACGUUCGGAAGGUUUAGCAGAUCACAUGAGGAGACAUAAUAAUGAUAGAAACCAUUUCUGUGAAAGGUGCGGGAAAGGAUUUUAUUCGAAUAAAGAACUUACCCUGCAUACACGGACACACACAGGAGAAAAACCACAUACGUGCCAAUUGUGUGAUUAUAAAUGUGCUUUGGCAGGAAAUCUUCGUAAACAUAUGAAAACUCAUCUGUCUGCGCAAUAAUAUUUUACUAAUAACUAUGCAAAAAUG